UCCUUCUCGGCUGUCUAGUCCGCGUGUCAGUGCUCAGUCUGUGUGUGUGGUUCAGCUCGCGACGGAGGAAGUGGCUGCAUGCUAUGCUAGCUCCUGCCAUAUUUCACAACGAGCGACAUUUUUUAAUCACCCGCUGCUGUUGCCCUCCAUUUAUCCACGGGACUCUUCGGAAGGCACCCUUGGAUCUAAUAGAGUCUCGGUCAUAUCUUAAGGGGGGGGUUCCACGCCGAGGCGAAACGAGGAUAUUUUCCCGUUUUUCCACGGUGACUUUUGCAAGUGAAGGAUACUACUAAGACCUCCGUGUGGAUAUUACAAUUGAACCUGGGCAACGGGGGGAGGCGGUGGAGACAAAAGGGGUGUAAGGAGAACUAGAAGCUCCGAUGUUCGGGGAUUGAACGCAAACGGUGCUUUUGUCCUCCGCCAUCCUGUGCGACCUGGGGAGGGGGCGGCGGCGGCGGUGGUGGUGGUGGUGAUUAACGACACUUGGAUUACUUGAAGGAAAAGCCAGGAUCCUUCCUAGUGUGAAGGACCCGAUAUGUAUCCACAAGGCCGGCAUCCGGCACCUCACCAGCCAGGGCAGCCGGGCUUCAAAUUCACGGUGGCGGAGUCCUGUGACAGAAUCAAAGACGAAUUUCAGUUCCUGCAAGCUCAGUAUCACAGUCUUAAAGUGGAGUACGACAAAUUGGCCAAUGAAAAGACAGAAAUGCAGCGCCACUACGUCAUGUACUAUGAGAUGUCCUACGGGCUCAACAUCGAAAUGCACAAACAGACGGAGAUUGCCAAACGUCUCAACGCAAUCCUGGCUCAGAUCAUGCCAUUCUUGUCACAAGAGCAUCAGCAGCAGGUGGCUCAGGCCGUUGAGCGAGCCAAGCAGGUGACCAUGACCGAGCUGAAUGCGAUCAUCGGGGUACGUGGACUUCCCAAUCUGCCGCUCACUCAGCAGCAGCUGCAGGCCCAGCACCUCUCCCACGCCGCCCACGGACCCCCCGUGCAGCUGCCCCCGCACCCCUCGGGUCUGCAGCCGCCCGGCCUCCCUCCCGUGACGGGCGCCGGCUCGGGCCUGCUGGCGCUCGGCGCUCUCGGAAGCCAGGCUCACCUGCCCGUGAAGGACGAGAAGAACCAUCACGACCUGGAGCACCGAGAACGAGAGUCCAGCACGAACAAUUCCGUGUCGCCGUCAGACAGCCUGCGGGCAGCCAGCGAGAAGCACCGCGGCUCGUCUGAUUACGGACUUGACCCCAAAAAACGCAAAGUGGAUGACAAGGACAGCAUGAGCAGAUACGACAGCGACGGCGACAAGAGCGACGACCUGGUGGUGGAUGUUUCCAACGAGGACCCGGCCACCCCUCGGGUCAGCCCUGCUCACUCUCCUCCGGAGAACGGCCUGGACAAAUCGCGGGUCCUGAAAAAGGACGCGGCGCCCAACAGCCCCGCCUCCGUGGCAUCCUCGGGGAGCACGCCAUCCUCCAAAGCCAAGGACCACGCCCACAUGGCGAAUGACAAGUCAUCUACACCAAGCCUGAAGUCCAACACCCCCACGCCCAGGAACGAGGCCCCCACACCAGGAACCAGCACCACGCCUGGACUCAGGCCUUUGACCAUGGGAAAACCGCCCGGAAUGGUGGAAGCCUUAGCCGCCCCUGCCCUCCGCACACCCCUCUCCAUUGCGGGUUCCUACGCCGCCCCCUUCGCCAUGAUGGGCCAUCAUGAAAUGAACGGCUCCCUGACCAGUCCGGGCGUCUACCCUGGCCUCAUUUCACCCCAGAUGAGUGCGGCCGCCGCGGCCGCCGCUUACGGACGCUCACCCAUCGCGGGGUUUGACCCCCACCCCCACAUGAGAGCUCCAGGCCUGCCAGCCAGCCUCACUUCCAUUUCAGGAGGAAAACCGGCUUAUUCUUUUCACGUGAGUGCCGACGGUCAGAUGCAGCCCGUGCCCUUCCCUCCAGACGCCCUGAUUGGCCCGGGCAUCCCUCGCCACGCUCGCCAGAUCAACACGCUGAGCCACGGGGAAGUCGUGUGCGCCGUCACCAUCAGCAAUCCCACACGCCACGUCUACACGGGCGGCAAAGGCUGCGUCAAGAUCUGGGACAUCAGCCAACCGGGCAGCAAGAGUCCCGUGUCCCAGCUGGACUGUCUGAACCGGGACAAUUACAUCCGUUCUUGCAAGCUGUUGCCGGACGGCCGGACCCUGAUCGUGGGCGGCGAGGCCAGCACGCUGACCAUCUGGGACCUGGCAUCCCAGACGCCACGCAUCAAGGCGGAGCUCACCUCCUCCGCCCCGGCCUGCUACGCGCUGGCCAUCAGCCCCGACGCCAAGGUCUGCUUCUCCUGCUGCUCGGAUGGAAACAUCGCCGUGUGGGACCUCCAUAAUCAGACCCUCGUCAGGCAGUUCCAGGGCCACACAGAUGGAGCCAGCUGUAUCGACAUCUCCCACGAUGGGACCAAGCUCUGGACCGGGGGGUUGGACAACACGGUCCGCUCCUGGGAUUUGAGAGAAGGGCGGCAGCUCCAGCAACACGACUUUACCUCCCAGAUCUUCUCCCUGGGCUACUGUCCCACGGGAGAAUGGCUGGCCGUGGGCAUGGAGAGCAGCAACGUGGAGGUGCUGCACCACACCAAGCCUGACAAGUACCAGCUCCAUCUGCACGAAAGCUGCGUCCUCUCGCUCAAGUUCGCCUACUGUGGCAAAUGGUUUGUGAGCACAGGGAAAGACAAUCUCCUGAACGCAUGGAGGACUCCGUAUGGUGCCAGCAUAUUCCAGUCCAAGGAGUCGUCCUCGGUCCUCAGCUGCGACAUCUCGGCGGAUGACAAAUACAUCGUGACGGGGUCCGGCGACAAGAAGGCCACCGUCUACGAGGUCAUCUACUAGACCGGGGUCCUCGCUCCGCUUCGGCUCUUCUGCUGGCGCUUGCCCUGCCACCCGCCUGCAAAGCUGGCAACUCAAACUGCUGUACACCCCAGGAUACGACUACUGGGGACACCCAUACUGGGGUACACCCCAGGAUACGACUACUGGGGACACCCAUACUGGGGUACACCCCAGGAUACGACUACUGGGGACACCCAUACUGGGGUACACCCCAGGAUACGACUACUGGGGACAUCCCUACUGGGGUACACCCCAGGAUACGACUACUGGGGACACCCAUACUGGGGUCCACCCCUACUGGGGUACACCCCAGGAUACAACUACUGGGGACACCCAUACUGGGGUACACCCUGGAUGCGUCUACUGGGGACAUCCCUACUGGGGUACACACCCGGAUGCGUCUACUGGGGAACACCCCUACUGGGGUCCACCCCCAGCCCCCCCGGAUCCGUCUACGAAGGCUGAUUUUUGUCUUUUUUUCUACAUUGGGGGUUCUGGUUUUGGUCAUUUUUGGUAUUUUUCUUGGUAUUUUUGCGCAUAUUUGAGCGUUACCCACGAAGCAGUGCUUCACCCCCCACGGACUGUGCUCCACACACGUCUUGUGAAAAGUGUACAUAUGGGAUUAAAUAAAGACAUUUUAUAUAUAUUAUAAAUAUAUAUAUUUUCAUGUCCCGGGUUGGCUCGUGCUGAUUGGUUGUCGCUCUCGCUCGCGUAGAUCACGUGUGAGCGGGAGAGCAAAUCCUAGAUGACAAGUUUUUUCUUUCCUGGAAGCGGGGCUGGACUUUGGUACGUUGAGCACCAAUGAAACGGCCGCUAGUCUUCGUGCGGUGCCAGAUGAUCACGGCCGAUGUGCGGCCGUCGGGACCCGGAUCACGGAUCACGGAUCCAAGAGACAAGAUGGUUGUAAAUGUCCUUCUUUUGUCUAGAGAAGAUUUUUAAAAUUGUGUCCUGCUCUGUCUGUGCUAGCUGUCCUCCUUUUUGGUUUUUGGAGACUGGGGGCGUUUCAUGUUGCGCAACCCUUGGACCUCAGUUGGGAUCGGGAGCGCUGCAGCGAGGCGAACGCGCACAUCAGGACUAAGUGCUCUUUAGCUGACUUUAAGACUUUAGUGAACUACUGGCCGACAUGGGAACAUUCUGCCCUUUGGUGUCUUACCAAUAUUCCUGGAAUGUGGAAACUGGGAGACUUUGGAGAUGCCAAACGAAAUCUGCUGUUGCUCAACUUGACAUGAAGGCUGAGAGGAAUCAAACUGGGGGUUUUUGUUAGUUUUUUUACACUGUGCUCCUCCUGACAAUGCUGGCCUUUUCCACAGAAAAGGAAAUGUCCCACUGUACCAACCAAAGUAUGUAGCAAAGCUGUCAGCACUGGGAAAAAUAAACUUGUUCAUAAAUCAGGAAAACUGUUUUUGGAGGAACCUCGUUCAUCAAAUCCACUCCAUCAUCUCACUAAAUGAUCUUUGAAAAGAUCACCGCAUCGUUAAAUCUCAUCAUUCCCACCAAUUAGUUUUUAUUUUUAAUGCCCCAAUGAGGUGGGAUGACCUGUACUGUGCAGGUGAGCAAAUCAAGCCCUCCUUUUUUGCAUUGACCU